CGACACAACAUAAAACACAAAACGACAACCCCACUCUCCAAAUAGCAACCACCCAUAUAUAGAAAAAAAAAAAAAAAAAAAAGCGAAUCAAUCAAUCAAAUACCAAGUCCUUCACAUCUAUACUCAAAACUAAAAACCCCAUCUUUUCAUCAGUACAAGUAGGUAAAAAUUGUUAGUGAAAAUUGCAAAAAUGGACCAAAAUGUGUUAGAUGAUAUUAUAACUAGGCUUCUUGAAGUAAAGGGUAAACCUGGGAAACAAGUUGUGUUGACUGAGGCUGAAAUCAAACAGUUGUGUUUGAUUUCUAAAGAGAUUUUCUUGAGACAACCUAAUUUAUUGGAACUUGAAGCACCAAUCAAGAUUUGUGGUGAUAUUCAUGGUCAAUAUUCUGAUCUUCUACGACUUUUUGAGUAUGGUGGAUUGCCUCCUCAAUCAAACUAUUUAUUUUUAGGGGAUUAUGUUGAUCGUGGCAAGCAGAGCCUAGAGACUAUAUGUCUUCUACUUGCCUACAAGAUAAGAUAUCCGGAAAACUUUUUCUUGCUUCGGGGAAAUCAUGAAUGUGCUUCCAUAAACCGCAUUUACGGAUUUUAUGACGAAUGUAAGAGAAGAUUUAACGUUAGGUUAUGGAAAAUCUUCACAGAUUGCUUCAAUUGUCUGCCAGUUGCUGCUUUAAUAGACGAAAAGAUUCUAUGUAUGCAUGGCGGCCUCUCUCCUGAUUUGAACCAUUUAGACCAAAUUAGAAAUCUCCAGCGCCCAACUGAUGUUCCCGAUGCUGGUUUGCUUUGUGAUUUGCUUUGGUCCGAUCCUAGUAAAGAUGUUCAAGGAUGGGGACUGAAUGACCGGGGAGUUUCAUACACUUUUGGUGCAGAUAAAGUGACAGAAUUUCUUGAGAAGCAUGAUCUGGAUCUUAUUUGCCGUGCUCACCAGGUUGUGGAGGAUGGGUAUGAGUUUUUUGCUAAUCGGCAACUUGUAACUGUAUUUUCUGCACCGAAUUAUUGUGGAGAGUUUGAUAAUGCUGGUGCUAUGAUGAGCGUAGAUGAGACUUUAAUGUGCUCCUUUCAAAUAUUAAAACCUGCUGAAAAGAAGCCCAAAUUCAGCUUUGGAAGUACAACUACUACUAAACCCGGAUCUCCUACUGGAAUGAAGGUUGACAGGACACCACCGUUAUCACACACACAAGAAGAAAAAUGUCCUCACCCCUUUUUUAACGGAUAUUUCCUUUGAAACAUUAUCGUUUUUUAAUUCCAAAGCAUGAGAAGCAGCUUCACGAGGGGGAUUAAGCAAGAACUGUUAACGUGCUUGAAAUUACCGUUUUACUGCAGUCUUUUCUUAAUGCCAAAGUAUAAGAGCCAACUGCAGAAGUUGCCUCAGAAGGCUUAGAGAGAGAGAUCAAAAUUUGAUGAUCAUUUUAACCAAUGGUGGAUGUGUAAAAUAGUAUGAGAAAAUGAUGGAAAACCAUAUUUGGUCAUUUUAUUUUUUGGGCUCAAAUUCAUCGUUUUAAUUUAAUUGUAAGCUAUGCAGCAUCUCUUUAUUUUGUGCAACUAAUCCAUAGCAAAUGGUAAUGGCUUCUCUCUCUUUCUCUCU